CGUGCGGCUAUAUCGUGUAGGCUCGCUUACACUCACACAGAUCGGUGCCGGACUCUCUUGCCGUUCGAAUUAGAUUUUCGAUAUUUCGAAUCGCGAGAAGAAGAAGAAGAACACCAUGAAAAAUGUAGCAUCGAGCCAAAAGUCUACAUGAGAUGAUUUAACGACGACAGUGGUGAAAGAACGAAGCAGCAGAACACUCGUGAGGUGCGCCGUGCACACGAGGAAAAAAAUUUCCUUUCCACACACAACAACAACAGAUGUGCAACUGUAAGUGAGUGAACAAGAAGAUAGCGACGAAAAAAACGAGAAUAAAAAAAAACUUUGGAAAAGAAUUUUUUUUUUUUUUUUUGUAAAGCAAAAGCGAACUGUGUAAAAAGAAUAAAUAAAAUAAGAGAGAGAGAGAGAGAGAGAAAGAAAGAAAGAAGAAACAAAAACCGAAGUGAGAUUCAUCGUUAGUCCAACAAAUAAAAUAGAUGAAAACGAAAUUGAAGAGAGAGAAAAAAGUAUUCGCGAAAAAUCAAACAUAAAUAGCAGCUGAAAAAGAAUAAGAACGAAGACGGAGAUUUCAAAAAAAAAGGAAGAAAAAUUUACAAAAUUAAGUGUGCAAAAGUAAAAUUUAAGAUAUCAGUGGAAAAAUAAUUUUGAUUUAUUUAGUUUUUUUUGUUUGUUGGUUCAUAUGUUAUCAAAUUAUCUAGUGUUAUUAAAAAAUUGAUGGAAAUUGCCAUAAUAAUAGAAAAGUAUGUGCGAUAAUAAUCAACCGCAGCAAAUUGAUGAGAGAUGAGAGAAAAAAGUUUAUAAAUAAAUUAGCAAUAGGUUAUCGAAAACGAAAAUUCAAUCUCGUCGCAAAAGCAAAAAGAAGAAAAGAAGAAGAAGAAGAAGUAAAACGAGAGAAAUAAUUUCUAUAUAUGUAGUUAUAUAUAUAUAUAUAUAUACAUGAAAGAAAAAAGAGAUCCAUGUGUGUGUGCAUGUAUACGCGCGCGUAUGCCCGAUAUUCAGAGUCACAGCCAUAUAUAAAUUUAUCCAACACCGAACGAACGAAACAAGUGAAGUGAAUGGAAAAACGAGAUAGAACAAGAAAAGCGAUUUCAUCCAAAUUCAUACGCACCAACACAAUUGCAACACCGUUCCUGUCUUGAUACGACGUGCACACCAAGGAAGAUCAGCGCCAGUGUAGCAGCUACUCCAACCGAAAAAGAAUAUCGACGACGACUACGACGACACAACAACAACAACCACAACAACAACAACCACAACAGCGACGUCUACGAGAGAAAGAUCGUGGAAAUUUUCUAGUGUACGCGGCAGAGCAGAGCGCGCGCGAGAGAGAGAUUGUGUGUUGAAUUUACUCGUUUUCGUCGUUGUUGGUGUGCUGAAUUGGUUGGCGUUGUGUAUGUGUGUAUGUGUUACAAUAUUAUCCGUUGGAUGUGAGUGAGAGGAGAUUAUGAGAGUGUGUCCGUGCCUGUUUUGCCUGAGUAUAUGGAAAUAAAUGCUAUAUCGAUUUGAGCCAAAAAGGAAAAUACCACCACGACACGAGAAAGAGAAAGAAGAGAGAGAGAGAGGAAAAAAGAGAAGAAGAAAUCAAAGUAAAAUAUAUAUGAGAAAAAAAGAAGAAAAGUAGAGAAGGAAUUUCUAUAUGCAUAUGGGUGUACAAUGAUUUUUGGACUGGAAUCUUGAGAAAUUUCGAUUGAAAUUCGAUGAAAAUAGAAAGUAUUCGUUUUUUUCUUUCUUUCUAUUGCGAAAAAAAGUAACAUGUUUGUGUCUAUGUGAACGGCGAUUGAAUUAAAAAAAAUAAUCGGUAUCUAGUAGAAUCAACCAAUUCAAGACAAUCUCAACUAGGUUUUUCUUCUUUUUCUGCAUACUUGUGCAUGUGGCGAAAUAUGGAUAAAAGUGUUUCAAUUGCCAAAUAAACAAACAAAAAAACACAACUUCCACCGAACGAGCGAACUAAACGAGAGAAGAAAAUAAACAAAAAAACGAACGGAAAACCACAGAAUUUUUUCAUUUUCUUCGCAUUCGUUCGCAACACUGAAAAGUAAAACCAGACCAUCAGCAGCAGCAGCAGUAGCAGCAGCAAGUAAGAACAACAACAAAACCGUCGUAUGUGAAACAUGGAUGAUGAUGCCGUACCGAGUCAUCCGCACUUGAUUCGAGUCGCGUGAGCCUCGACGACCAACCGGCUGAUACAACACAAGCACAACAACACACAAAAUGGCGGAUGGUGGACAUUCAUUUGGCAAGAAAACAUUUCACAAACCAACCUAUUGUCACCACUGUUCCGACUUACUAUGGGGUCUUAUCGGACAAGGAUACAUCUGUGAAGUGUGUAACUUCAUCGUGCACGAGAAAUGUAUUCAAUAUGUUGUGACACCUUGUUCGAGCAUAGCACCAUGUAUAAUUAAAAAUCCCGUAGCGCAUUGUUGGUCGGAACCAACGCAUCACAAGAGAAAAUUUUGUACCGUAUGCCGAAAACGAUUCGAUGAAUCACCAGCAGUUCAUUGUAUGAUAUGCGAAUAUUUCGCACAUGUCGAUUGCCAAGAUUUUGCUAUUCCCGAUUGCAAGGAAAACGCCACAUAUGUUCCAGGCAAAGAAUUGUCGUCCGUAAAGCAUCAACAUCACUGGCGAGAAGGGAAUCUUCCACAGACAUCGAAAUGUGCUUACCGCAGAAAAAAUUGUUGGUCUACAGAAUGUUUAACAGGUUACCGCUGCGAAUGGUGUGGCAUGACAACGCAUUCGGCAUGUCGCAGUUAUAUUUCAAACGAAUGCACAUUUGGUGUGUUGCAACCCAUUUAUCUGCCACCGCAUGCCGUUUCAAUUCCACGCACCGAAGUACCCAUGGAAGCCAUUAUCGGUGUUCAAGUGAGAUCAAGAAGUACUCCAUUGACAAGAGACUAUUCAUGCCCGGAACUUAGAACGAUUGGACUGUGUGAUGCGACGAGUGACAGCGAAUUGUCCAUUCGACAUCUCGAGCUCACGCCAAACACCAGCGAAACUAGCUUUCGAUUGAAUCCGAACAGCACGAUGCCGAAACAAUCCAAAGAGUCGAUUGACAGCGGAUGCCAAAAUGAAACAAGCCAAAACUGUGAACACAUUCGAAACGACAACGGCGACACAUGGCGACAUUGUGAUUUAAACAUUGUAGAUAUUACGAAGCAUAUUAGUAACGAUAGGAAAAAGGAUACAUUAGAUUUAGCGGUAAAUUGUCGAAAAUCAUCGUCGAGCACACUGUCGGACGCGAGUAGUUGUGGCACCAAUAAGUCGGCAUCGACGGAUCAACAGCAGCAGCAGCAGGAGGAGGAGCGAAAGCGAAAGGAUUCGCCCAAAUAUCAUUCGAUAAUCAAAAGUCGGCUGCGCAAAGAUGCAUUCAUAUCACGAAGUAAAUCGUUCCAAGAGCAAGACGUACGCAAACCCAAUACACGCUUUUAUAUUUUACGACGAAAUCCAAACAAUGAAUUCGAAAACGAAUAUAAGCUAAGUAAAACGAUUUCGCAUCACAAUAUCGAAAUAACGAUCGAAGACACUGACGCCAAUGAGGAGGAGCCCAUCAAUCACAGAACGAUAUUGAAACCAAUCAAAAAACCCAGUCAAAAUGAAUGCUCGUCAUUGAAUUCACACGAAGUGAAAUAUCAUCGUCAGAAAAUUCGUAGCGGUCAUAUAUUGGGGCGAAUAUUUCGUCGUAUGCGUAACUUAUCGAUGGCCUGGCGAAGGUCAAAAAAUAAGUCACGGAACAGAGCACGAAGCAUAUCUGAAGAGUUCAGCAGCGGUGAUGCAGCUCGUUUACGUGAUGAAGAAUAUGCAUCGCGGCCCGAAUGCAGCGGUUCGGGUUCGGGUUCGCAUUCGCGCACCGAAUCAACACACAAAUCUGAUAAAGGCGAUAAACGUGACAAAGAGAAAGAGGAACGUGACGAAGAAACGAUUAAAGUGUUUGAUGGUAAUUUAUCGUUGCGACGGCGCAUUUUUCGAGCAAUAACCGUAUCGCGUCAAUGUUCACUCGAACAACUGUUGACCACAUCGUUGCGAGCAUUUCACAUAACACGCGAUCCAGCUGCAUUCUACUUAACCGAUCUGUAUGCGCCCGGCAAUGAGGAGGUGCGUGUACAAGAUCCACAUCCAGUGUUGAAUUUACAUCGCAUUGAAGGCAAACGACCAGCAAUAUUUCUCAGGUUUCUUGAUGAAAACGACAGAGGAUUCGUUCGUGUUUAUCCGGGAAAAUUGCAAUUGCAAAUCGAAGAUGCUUUUGUUAAUGUGCCAGUGGACAAUGAUACCACUGUCAGUGACUUAGUUCGUGAUGCUUUGAAUAGAUUUGGACUACAAGAUAAUAAAAUCGAGGAUUACAGGUGUUCGGAAGUGUUAUUAGAUCGUGGUGUAACCGAGCGCAUUCUGUCGCUCAACGAACGACCAUGGCAAAUAAUGAAACAAUUAGGCAAAGAUUCAAUUCGUCAAAUGGAACUGAUGCGAUUCUAUUUGCAACACAAACAGGAUCCGCACGGUCCAAACAUUGCACUAUUCAUCGGAAAUUUACCUCAAGCUCUAUCGCAGCGAAACUAUGAGCAAAUCAUAACCAAGUACACAACCGAAGAAAAUAAAUAUUCGAGCAUCGGUCCCAUUUACUAUGAAUACGGAUCGGUGGUGAUUACGUUCGAGAAUGCGGCCAAAGCCGUGCGCGCAUUCUACAAUUUACGCGAAACCAUUGUCGAAGAGAAGAAAUUACAAGUGUUAUUGUUGCCAAAUAUUGAACCGAGCAUGGUGCCGGCUGGUGUACAGCCACUACUAGUAUUUGUUAAUGUAAAAUCCGGCGGUUGUCAAGGCUUAGAAUUGAUAUCCAGCUUCCGUAAAUUACUGAAUCCGUAUCAAGUAUUCGAUUUAGAUAAUGGCGGCCCAUUGCCCGGUCUCUACGUAUUUAGACACAUUAAAGACUAUAAAAUUCUUGUGUGCGGCGGUGACGGUACGAUCGGAUGGGUGUUGCAGUGCUUAGACAAUGUUGGUCAAGAUUCAGAAUGUUCAAGCCCACCGUGUGCUAUUGUUCCACUUGGAACCGGUAACGAUUUGGCGCGUGUAUUGCGGUGGGGUCCUGGCUACACCGGCGGUGAGGAUCCGUUGAAUUUGUUACGCGACGUAAUCGAUGCCGAAGAAAUACGCUUAGAUCGAUGGACGGUUGUGUUCCAUCCGGAAGAUAAGCCCGAUGAUGUAGCGCAAAAGGCGCCAUCGAAUGCAACCGUGACCGGAGCCACACAAAGUGAGGAUAACUCACAGAUGCUGGUGAUGAACAACUACUUUGGCAUUGGUAUCGAUGCUGAUCUCUGUCUCGACUUCCACAAUGCACGCGAAGAGAAUCCAAAUAAAUUCAAUUCACGCUUGCACAACAAAGGUGUUUAUGUAAAGAUGGGCUUACGCAAAAUGGUUGGCCGAAAAAUUGUAAAAGAAUUGCACAAGGAACUACGCUUAGAAGUCGACGGUAAAGUGGUCGACUUGCCUCAAGUUGAAGGAAUCAUCAUCCUUAAUAUUUUGAGCUGGGGAAGUGGAGCAAAUCCAUGGGGACCAGAAAAAGAAGAUCAAUUCUCAAAACCAAACCAUUGGGAUGGCAUGCUUGAAGUGGUUGGCGUCACUGGCGUCGUGCACUUGGGACAAAUUCAGUCAGGUCUUCGAUCGGCCAUGCGAAUUGCACAGGGUGGUCACAUCAAAAUCCAUUCGCAUUCGGAUAUUCCAGUGCAAGUUGACGGUGAACCAUGGAUUCAGCCACCAGGCGAAGUCGUCGUAUUCAAUUCUGCUCUAAAGGCAACAAUGUUAAAGAAAAUUAAGAAUAAAAUGAAGCGCCGCAACACUGAACCAUCGAUGGCUGUUGCGGCCGCUGGACCAUCAUUGGCUGUCGCGCCACAGGAUAACGACGACCACGACAGCAACAAUACGGACUUCUGAAUUUGGUACAAUGAACGACUCAUUUAAUGUGUUUAUUAAAUCAACCGAAAAAAAAUAGCACGAACAAAUAAACAAAAAAAAAAACAGCAAAAACUCGUUGAACGGUAAACCGAACAGUGGUAGGCGAACCGAAUUCGCAUCAUUUUACAUUUCAACGCACCUUUGUUUGGCCAGUGAUUUAUUCCGUCGUUACGGCGGCAUUGAACGAUUGAUUUGCAUGACGAAAUGAAACAUCGCUUUUCACAAGCAGCGGAAGGACUGGUUACGGCUUUACCAAAGCUUUUACCAUAAGCUCGUUUCAAAAGAACAAUUUCCAAAAACAAGGGAAAUGAAGAAAAAAAAAACGAAAUGAAAAAAAAAACCAAAAUAGCUUCUUCGGUGGAAGUCUCAUGCGAAUGCAUCGUUCAUUGCCACAUGCUGACGGAGGGAACUGUUGCUGCGGCUGUUAAGCUCGCGAUUCGCCCGGAAACUAUCGAGAAUUCAACAGAAAAGCGCAUGAAAAACAAUAACACUUCACAGCAACGAUUGUAGCAGCAAUAGAUAAGCACGUUAAAUAGUCGUUCAUUCAUGAGUAUCGAAUGUACGAAUGUAUCCAAUGAAAAAGUUCUACUAAUAAAACAAAAGAAGAAGAAGAAAAAAAAGAAAAAAAACAAUUGAUUAAUUUGUGUUGUAACCUGAACGUUGUGCAUCAAUAGUAAACGUGUAUUUAUUUCAUUGAAACCAGAUUGUAAAGCGAAAUAUUAACAAAAAAUAAUAAAUAAAUAAUAAUGAAAUAAUGGAAGACUCCACAAGAAAAUUCUAAAUUGACAACCAACCAAAAGAGCAAAAAAGAGAGAAAGAUAACAUUAACAAACAAAAAAAAACUACAACAACAAAACACUCGGCAAAUAAAAGCAUAAAUAAAUCGAUUAAAAAAACAAAUUUAGCAAAUAAAAAAAACAAAUUAUAUAUUGUGCAAAAAGGAGAAAAAAACUAAACAAAAAAUGCACAAAUCAACACAUGUUUGUGCAUUGAUACGACGUCUAUAAACAACCAAAAUUUCUAUGUAUCUGUUGAAAUGAAAAAAGAAGAAAAAAAAUCGUUCCGAGUAAAAGGACAACAAAUAUAAUUCAAAAAAAAACAAAUUGACAUUGGUGUAUUGAACAGAAAGCAAUCGCUUCAACAACAAUGAACGGUCUCGUUCAUUCCGGAAUCAGGUUCAGUGUACAAUUUCGUUGACUCUAUAAUUUUGUGACAUGAUCGAAUGCAUCACUUGUGUGCAUCACUUCGCAUAACAGACACAAUCGUCACACAGAAACGUAUCGCAGCAACAAAAAAAACCAAAUAAACACAAUACCCUUACAUUUCUCGUAGUGGUUAAUAUUAAUGAAUCGACGACAGACCAAUGAAAAAAAAAACACUAAGAUGCGAACAUUGUGAUGAAACACAACCAAACAAACCGAUUUUCGAAGAGAGAAUAUAUAUUCAAAAACGAUAUUCAUGAUCUGGCUUGCGAAAGCAAUAACGUGUGCUGGUCACACCACUUUACUUCUCUUUCACAUACACACACACACAACAAAUACAUACACCAAAAGCAACAAAUGAAAUGCAUACUAACUGAAUCUCUGACGAUGCGAAUCGGAAUUGUUCGCGCAAUUCCUCGCUGAAUCAAAUUCGCCGACAUUCAACAACAGCAACAUAGAAAAUAAUGAAAUAGGAACAAAAAUUAAAACAUAAAUUUAAAGAAAAUAAAUUAAACAAAAAAGAGGAAUAUAUUAAAUAUAUUUACAAAUAAAAUGCAACACAAAAAACUAAAUUAAUUAAAAGAAAUGUCUCUAUUUAUGAGAAAAUUUAGUGAAAUUUUACAAUAUUUAUGGGAUAAAUAAAAUGUGGACGAUGCCCGUUCAUCCAAUAACAACAACAACAAAAAUGAUACGAUCGGACGAAACAGCGCGCACGCUUCAAAAUACACGGUUUAUCGGUCGUCGGCACAGAGAAUUAGUCUCUUGCUAUUUUCUCGUACGUGCGUGCGUGCGCUUACACCGUAUAAAAUAUGAGCAUUCAUUAAAAUUUAAAUGAUUUUUUCGUGCAACAAAUUAAUAAAAUAAAACAUACUAAAUCCGAAAUCGAAGCGAACAACGUAUGACGAGUUAAAUACACAAACAAAACAAAAACCAUUAAAAAAAAAUUUGCGUCAUCGCUAUCGUGUGUACAAAUAGACAUUUAACAAAUCAAUAAAAAAAAAUGCUGUAGAAAAAAAAUAACACGUUGAACAAAAGAAAAAAAACUAUAUGAAAAAUUACAUUAAAAAAAUAACUAAAUAGCGACGGAAAAAUUCUUUGAUACAUAUUUGUUGUGCAUUUUACCAUAUAAUUUAUUAUUCACGCUCUUUAACAAAACAAAAAAAAAACAAGUCUCUGAACAAGAGUUAUUCGUUCAUUUAUUUAUAUUUAAAGAAAAAAAAGAUGACGAUGAUGAAGAAUAAAUACAAACGAUUGAUAUGAUAGAUUUAUCUAAUAAUAAAUGUCAAAUUUCUUGAACAUUCAUUUAAUUCGGCGUACACUUUUUGUUCAGUCGACAUACCAAAUUUGAUGAGAAAAUAUUACGUUUUUCUGUUUGUUUUUGUCCUUAGACUAUUUUUGUUGGAAAUUCGAUAUAAAUGAAGAAAAAUUAAAUUAUUAUGAAUGAGAGGAAAGGGAAGCGUAUAAAAAAAAUGCAUUGUUUUUGUAUUGGUCGAUGUUGAUCAAUCAAAACAAGUGAAGAGAUGUACUUAACAACAACAAAAGAGUGAAACAUCCAAAUUGUGAAGAAAAGAAAUCCAAUUUAAAAAAAAAAUCAUUGUUUUUACGUGAAUUCUAUUUAGAGUUGAUAUUGAAUCCGUUUAUGAUAAACACAAAAAAAAAGAUCCAUACAAUGGACCCAUUACAAACGUAGUCAUUUCAAAUUGAGCCAAUGGAAAGAACAAAUGCGGAAAUUCCACGAACAGCGACAUACGCAACAAAUGAAAAUGACGAAGAAGAAAAAAAAAAAUGUUCGAAUCGAUUGAAUCAUCGCCAUCAAGUUUUCAAAAUCGAUUUGUAGCAAAAACAAGGAAUAAAAAACCAUAGUCUUCAUCGCGUAAAAAUGUAAAACUGCUGGCCAUCUCUCUUGAGGCCGGCCCCUUGUUCUGUUACACUGCUUUAACGUUUUUGUUUUUUUAAUGAGACAUAAAGUUUUUUCGUUGUAAAUGGCGAUGAAGAUGAAUUAUGUUCAAAACAUAAAUAACGCACAUUAUUUUCACAAUACAAUACAAUUUAUUCAGUGAUUUAAGUUUUGCGAUGCAGACACGAAAUACCAGAAUACCACAAAUGGAACAAAAAAAAUCCUUAGUUUGUAAAAUGAAAUCAACGCUUUUCUUUCGUUCCAAUUUCCGCAUUAUUCGUUUUUUUGUUUUCAACGCGACGAUUUUCCAAAUGAGCUUUUGGUGUGGCAAGCAGGUACAAGACGGAGCUUUUAGGAUGGGUUAUGUUGAAUGUGGUCAUGGUGAAUAAUUUUGACAAACUUACAUCGAUCGAAUGCAAUCGCUUGAGGCUACUUUCAAUUGAACUCUUCUCUAAUUUCGAUCGAGAAUACCCUCAUCACGUUGCAUCGAACUGUCGAAACAUUUUUCAAUGACUUCCUUCGCUUGACCAGUUGAAACCGUUUUGUGGCUGAAUCAAUGGCUCAAUUCACCGAAACAAAUUAUCAUUUUUCUGCAUUUAUUGCUCUCUCGCCGUUCGACCAGAGACGAUUCUUUGCAUUUAUUUAAUUUUAUCGUCGACAACUGUAUGGAAUUUAACUAAAAUCCAUCAAAAAAAAUGGGAUGACAAAACAUUCACUCCGAACUCCCAAAACAACAAGUGAUUCCAUUCAAAUCUUUUCACAGCAUAAAUGCCACACUGUGAAAAUGUACAAGUCUCGCCGCACACAAUCAUCCCUUUCAAUUUAGUCAAACAAACCAAUUUCGUUGAAUUUUUUAUUUUUUUUUCUCUCCAUAACCUUAGUAUGCGCUUGAAAUAGUGUGUACGAUGUGUUUUUUUCUUUUCAGUUGAUUUUAAGCAACUAAUUGAAAAUGAUUGUCGAAGCGGUCAAGAUUUCCCUACAAACGAUCCAAAAGGUACCAUACCUUACAAUCCGAAAUUAUUAUGAUUGGACUAUUAAAAACACAUCCAUUUCGAGACAAUUUUCUCCAGAUUUUUUUUUUUAGUUUUCCAUGGGUCACUUCUUCAAUUUUCUCCCAAAUCAUCCGAGAAAUCCAAAAAAAAACGUUAGUUUUUCUCAAUGUUGAACAUGAGGCGUUCGAAGUUUGAUGUGUUUUUUCAAAAACUGUAUCCCCACUUUGGGAUACAAGUCUUCUAUGGCUCUGUGGAAAAGGCAAUCAAACCGCGCUCAAAAUGAUCCAAUUUAUCCAAGUUCUUCGUUUCGAAUUUAAAUUCAAUAGCCGCACAAAACGCUUAACCAACUAUUUUGUCAAGGUUGAAUGAAGCCGCUCUUUGGCACCAUUGCCUGACUGAAUAGUUGCUUGAUCGUUUACAAAACCAUUUUGAUCAUUUUCCAAACCAAAGCUCGAAACAAAAAUGGAUGUGUGCACGUAAUUUGCAACCCAAACAUAAGCUGGGGCUCUGUGAGAUAGUGAUAUAGUUGAAUUGAUCGGAUACUCGUUAAAAUGGAAUGGCCACAUUCUCGAUUGGAUCCUUUCAAAUUUUGGCUUCGAUUCCAAUCGACAAUCGACCAUCCAUUAUAUCCGUUGGAUUCACGGUUACCGUGUCCUAUUUCACAAGUUGUUUUUGGUUGGGUUGUGACUUUGUGCCCGAAGCGCGAUUGUAUGCGAACACAAUAACAGCCAAGAAAUCUUCAUCUCAAUCGGCUGCCAGCCGGAAACGAAUUUCAUUCAUUGUCGUUGCCCGGCACCGUUUGCAUUCAAUCCCAAUUCGCCCAAUAGUCUUGCCAUAAUAAAUUCCACCAAUUGGUGUCACAAAAUACCAAAAAAAAAAAAAAUUAACAACCCAUAAACUAUAUUUAAGAGUCAUGGUAAUGAACAAAGAAAAACCACACAAACUAAACAAAAAAAAACUAUUUAAUUGAAAGAAAAACAAAUAUUUAAUUAUGUAUUACUAUUUGAAUAGUUCAUUAAAUAAAAGAGGGAAAAAAAUGAGAAUAUGUAAACAUUGGAUAUGUGCAAACCAACAAAAAAAAAACAUAAAUUAACAAUAUAUUUAAAAACAAAAAAGCAUAUGAUAAAACAAAAAAUAUUAAAUUCUAGAUAAUUAAGUUAAGUUAUUGGAUAUAAUCUAUUAUUUAAAAAAAAAAUUAAAAUGUGGAAACACAUACACAAACACAAAAUUAAGAAAUAUGAAGAAAAGAAAGAGAAAAUACAAAUGGAGUUUACUAAAAACAAAAAAAUGAAGAAGAAAACUGACAAGUGCUCCAUCUUCAUUGCUCGAUGCAAUGCAAUGCAAUGAAUGCCAACAAACAUUUAUUCGAACAAAAGAAUGAAAGAAACGAACAAAUAAUAUAAAACUUUCAACAAUGACUCAUUACUCUUGAAUCAAGUAACAACAACAACAUAAAACACACAAUGAAGGAAACAAUUUCUAAUUUGAAACCAAAAAAAAAAAAAACAUUACCGAAAACA